AAUGUCGCAGAAUAAUUUCAUCUCUUCUGGAGAUUUUCAAUACACCCCAUCCAAUAAUUUAACAACUUUGCAAAAUGUUUACGCUUCUGAAACCAACAGCCUUCAAACUCUUGUACUAGAUUUACAUGGCGAGAUUAAAUCUUUUAAGUCUGAAAUUUCGAGCUUAAAAGAAGAAAUUAAAGAAUUGAAGGAUGGAAAUAAGCGAGCAUUUACCAAACUAACAGAGGAGGUCAUAGCUGUUAAGCUAGAAAACAGAAGGCACCACAAUGACAUCACAUCAAUCGAUGAAUUUGAAGAUUUACAAAAACUUCCUUUGGCCGUUAUUGCUGAUUUAGAAAAAUUGGAUGGCUAGAUACAACACAAUGAAGGCACUCUUAAGCAAUUUAAAGAAUUCAUAGCAAAAACAGGCGGUGACGGACCCGCAAAAUUUCUAAGAACCGCCGUCCGAAAAGUAUUUUGUGACGAAUUGGCUUCUGCUUACAGCUGGAAGGGGACCAGCACUAAGCCAAGCGCCGAAAAGUGCUUUCUAAUAACAACUGUUAAAAGUAGGCACAGUGUAGCACAAAAUUAUCGGCACAGGGAAUUUUUCACAAUGUGUGGAAAAUUUUAGUUUUGGUUGUUUU